UCAAAUAUGAUUAAUCAGUUCACAAAGGGACUGAAUGCUUAUGGACAGUUCUGGGAUAUGGUAAGAACUCACUGGGUUGAGUUUUUGCCCAUCUUUACCAACAUGCAUGAGCCCCUUUCCAGAAGCACAUUUAGAGACCUGUUCCAAAUCCACUGGAGUAAAUCAGGGACCAAGAAGAGGGAGGCUGAGGAAGAGACUAUACACUACUGGGAACUGGUACUUAAGAUGAUUGAAGAUAAAAAACCAAAAGCUCCACAAAACGAUUUGCAUUUUGAGGAGAUUUUGGCUUUCAUAACUGGAGCGGGUGAAGUCCCACCACUUGGGUUCUCCCCGAAGCCCAGCAUUCACUUCUACCAACCAGAGCAGCGUGGAUGCCGUCUACCGUUUGCUAACACAUGCAUGAUGGGAUUGUUCCUGCCCAGGGUUGUGAAAGAUGAAGUGGAACUUUACAGGAUGCUCCUGAGAGCAAUCAGAGACUCAGCUGUUUUUGGGAGAACAUAAAUGUAUAUAAUUCUUUAUUAUAAUGUACACGGUCACAUCCAUAAUUAUGUAUAUUUAUAAGCUUUAUUUCAUUAUUUAUUUCAUUACUUAAGAAGAAAGCACUUAUGCAAUUACUGUAUAUUUUUGACAUAAAUAUGUUUUGCAUUCUAUGCCAGAUAUUUUUUUAAAUAUUUGUAAUAUAUACAAUAUAUUUAUAUUUGUAAUGUUCCUGAUAACUUUCUUGUAGUUGACUGCAUAGUAGUCACGUGUUACAUUUACGAGUGUUUACAGAUCGAAGAGAAUAGGACCUAUCAAUCAUUAUUCUGUAAACCUGUUUUACCUGACACACCUAUGCAGUAACACGGUCUACCAUAUCGUUUUCUGAGCUGUGCUUUGGUUUCUCUUUUUUGCUUAACUUACCCUGUCAAAGAAUGCUUUGGUACGCUGAAUAAACU